AGGCCCUGGUUGUGGGUCUGGGGGCUUCGGGGUGUGGGGAGAGCGUGGUUCAGGUCCCAGAGCCCCCCAGAGAGGCCCUGGUGGUGGGUCUGGGGGCUUCGGGAUGUGGGGAGAGCGUGGUUGGGGUCCCACAGGUCACUAAAGAGGCCCUGGUUGUGGGUCUGGGGGCUUCAGGGUGUGGGGAGACCCUGGUGGGGGUCCCGGAGACCCCCAAGGAGGCCCUGGUGGUGGGUCUGGGGGCUUCAGGGUGUGGGGAGAGCGUGGUUGGGGUCCCAGAGGUGUCCAAGGAUGUUGUGAUGGUAGAAAUGGGGUCCUCAGGAUGUGGGGAGAGCAUGGUUGGGGUGGGUCUGGGGUCUUCAGGGUGUGGGGAGACCCUGGUGGGGGUCCCACAGGUCUCCAAGGAGACCCUCGUGGUGGGUCUGGGGGCUUCAGGGGGUGGGGAGAGCGUGGUUCAGGUUCCAGAGCCCCCCAGAGAGACCCUGGUUGUGGGUCUGGGGUCCUCAGUCCACGGGGAGAGCGUGGUUGGGGUCCCACAGGUCACUAAAGAGGCCCUGGUGGUGGGUCUGGGGUCUUCGGGAUGUGGGGAGAGCGUGGUGGGGGUCCCAGAGACCCCCAAAGAGACCUUGGUUGUGGGGUCGGGGUCUUCCAGUGAGGUCCUGGUUGUGGGUCUGGGGUCCUCAGUCCACGGGGAGAGCCUGGCGGGGGUCCCGCAGGUCACUAAAGAGGCCCUGGUGGUGGGUCUGGGGGCUUCAGGGUGUGGGGAGAGCGUGGCGGGGGUCCCGGAGACCCCCAGAGAGGGCACGGUGGUGGGGCUGGGGGCUUCGGUCCAUGGGGAGAAUGUGGUUGGGGUGGGGGCUUCAGGGUGUGGGGAGAACCUGGGUGGGGUCCCAGAGCCCCCCAGGGAGACCCUGAUGGUGGGUCUGGGGGCUUCGGGAUGUGGGGAGAGCGUGGUUGAGAUCCCACAGCCCCCAAAAGAGGCUCUGGUUGUGGGUCUGGGGUCUUCAGACCACGGCGAGAGCGUGGUUGGGGUGGGGGUGGGGGCUUCAGGGGGUGGUGAGACCCUGGUGGGGGUCUCACAGAUUUCCAAGGAGACCCUGGUGGUGGGUCUGGGGGCUUCAGGGUGUGGGGAGAGCGUGGUUCAGGUUCCAGAGACCCCCAAAGAGACCUUGGUUGUGGGGUCGGGGUCUUCCAGUGAGGUGCUGGUGGUGGGUCUGGGGUCUUCAGUCCACGGGGAGAGCCUGGUGGGGGUCCCAGAGCCCCCAAAAGAAACCUUGGUUGUGGGUCUGGGGGCUUCAGGGUGUGGGGAGAGCCUGGUGGGGGUCCCGGAGCCCCCCAAGGACCCCUUGGUUGUGGGUCUGGGGUCUCCGGCCCACGUUGAGACCCCCGGGGUGGGUCUGGGGGCUUCGGGCCACGGCGAGACCCCGCUGGAGACCCCAGAGACCCCCAAGGACCCCUCGGUGGUGGGUCUGGGGUCUCCAGCCCACGUUGAGACCCCCGGGGUGGGUCUGGGGGCUUCGGGCCACGGCGAGACCCCGCUGGAGACCCCAGAGACCCCCAAGGACCCCUCGGUGGUGGGUCUGGGGUCUCCGCCCCACCCCGAGACCCCCGCCCGGAUUUCGGACCCCCAGACCCCCGGGGGGGGCCCGGAGACCCCCGGGGACCCCCCAGAUUUAACCACGCCCACAGCCGUUAAUUACCGCGGUUUGGCCACGCCCCCAGCAGCCCAUCGGAGCUCUUUAGCCACGCCCCCCCAGCUGUCAAUCACCGCCCUUCGUGAGGUGCUGGUGGUGGGUCUGGGGUCUUCAAUCCACGGGGAGAGCCUGGUGGGGGUCCCGGAGCCCCCCAAGGACCCCUUGGUUGUGGGUCUGGGGUCUCCGGCCCACGUUGAGACCCCCGGGGUGGGUCUGGGGGCUUCGGGCCACGGCGAGACCCCGCUGGAGACCCCAGAGACCCCCAAGGACCCCUCGGUGGUGGGUCUGGGGUCUCCGCCCCACCCCGAGACCCCCGCCCGGAUUUCGGACCCCCAGACCCCCGGGGGGGGCCCGGAGACCCCCGGGGACCCCCCAGAGUGA